UGAAAACUCCUACUGUCAACAAUUCCUGUGCUGUUGUAGAAGUUGUUGGUAAAAGUCCAGGCUUUUCUAAAGUAAAGGUCUCAUAUGAAAGCUCCAAGGGGGAGCUGGCAGCCUCAACAGAUGUUGCAGCCUUUAGGCCUCUUCGUCCAACUAACCCAGCUUCAGGGGAGACUGUUCUGGCAUUAGGAUCCUCUAGGGUUGUUGUGUUUCAAGGAGGGCCACUUCCUUGGAUUGGCAAGCCAACCAGUCAUUUUGCUCAAGUUGAAAUUGAUGAUGCAGAAAAAGUUGAAGUAAAACUACUAGAAGGACUCAAGAAACAGGCAGACUUGCAUGCAGUCAGAGUGCACUGUCAUAGUCUUGGAGAAUUUACUGUUACACUCACAGUGGGCAACAAGCCCUCACCAACACUUCGACAUCCUCGCACUGUUGAUUCCUCCUUAAAGGUUAUUUGUGCCUUGCCAGAUUCCAUCAGCUUACAGACAGUUAGCAAGAGACCUGUGGGUGCACAGGGACAGUGUCCUGUGCUUGCAGAGAUUGGAAUUGCACUUGCACAUUGCUACAAACCUCUGCAGCUGGAGGUUAUAGUUACUGAUUCUGAAAAUCGCAAGUUUGACAAUGUUUCAUCUCUUGCCUUGAAAUGGGACUUGUCUGAUGAUAGCUUAGCUUCUACUCCUGCAGAACCAUCAAGUCUUACACAGGUUACAAAUUUACAUGGAUACAACCUCCCCAUGUUUUCUUACCAAACCUUAGAACCAACUGGGCAGGUUGGAGAGGUGGUUGUUAGUGUGAAGUUAAAUGGUUAUAAUAAGUUUGUGUCACAGACAUCUAGACAACAUCCUGUCCCAUCCCUUUCUGCUUCUCUACCUGUGAAGCUGGUUCAAGAUGCUGUGUUGAAUCCAUCGCAUGCUGUAUUGUACCAGCAUAAGGACAAUAUGCUGGAAUUGUCUCUGUCUGGAGGUUCUGGAUUCUUUGAGCUCCAAGCUCCUGAGAAUGAAAUUGUCUCCUUGGUCUACUUGGAGAAUGAAAUGAAAGUUCAAGUUCGUCCUUUGUCUGAUGGGGAUGUAACAGUCAAUCUCAUUGAUGUAUGCUUAGAAGCUGAGACGCCUGUUAGUUCAACAAUUAAGGUGGCUAGCAUUGUAUCCCUGGACUUGGUGAUGGUUGACCGUGUGGAACUUGGAGGAACAUUGGAGGCUGAGGUCAUAGCGAGGGAUGCAAGUGGAAACUCUCUGCCUGCACACUUUCUCAUGGAUCUGACCCUAAAUCCUCAGGCUAAUAUUAUUACAACCAAAUAUUUAGGCACCAAUAAGAAUGACAAUGCCAUAUACGAAGUAGUUGGUCGGCAUGUAGGUGAUACAACUCUUAGAGCGAGUGCAGGAAAUGGUCCUAUGGGAGAUAGUGUUAUUCAUAGUCAGUCUAAGCCUGUGCAAGUCUUCCCUCCCCUCACACUACAACCCAAGAAUAUCACACUCAUUAUUGGUGCUAAUUAUCAAGUUGAAACAAAAGGUGGACCAUAUCCUGAUGCCACAGUUGUGUACUCCAUGUUGAAUGAGACAAUUGCCAACACAUCACACACAGGUGUUAUCACAGCUCUGUCCCUUGGCACAACAAUCCUUACCGCUCAAGCUAUUAGCAUCAACAAAGAAAGUGGAGGGACUGUUGUUUACUCACAGGACACAGUGAUAGUAAAUGUUGUGCCUCUGACAAGCAUACACAUUCAUGCCCCGCUAACACAUUUGGAGACAGGGACAACCAUGCCUCUCUAUGCCAUUGGAAGUGAAGAGGACCAAAACCCUCUAGCAUAUGCAACUGCACUACCACCUUUGUUGUUUGAGUGGACUGUCAGCAACAAGCAAGUUGCCACCUUUAAUGGAAUAUUUAAGGAGAAUGGAAUAAUAGAAUCCAAGGAGAAUAAUGGUAUCGUUCAGCUAAGUGCAGAGCAAGCUGGGCGUGUGACAGUUACACUGAAAGUUAAACCAGUUAUUCCAUCUAGCCUCCCCAACUUCCAGCUGACAGAUAAUGCUCUUCUUACAGAUAAAUUGGAGGUUAAGGUGUUUGAGUCACUUAGACUCAAGCAUCCUGAUGAUGGAUCCUCCAGUUUGUUAUUAUCACCUGAAGCAGAGACCAAAAUCAAGACCAAUAGAGAUGGGAAUGGAAAAUUGUCAUAUGCAGUAGAAGGAUGUAAAAGAGAUUCAGCAAAAGCAGCAGAUGUAAUUACUGUAAGCCCCGAUGGUGUCGUUAAUUCUGGCAGCACAACUGGUCAGGCUACAGUGAUUGUCACAGUUGAAGAGAACUUUGGAGUCACACAAAGUAUUGCCAUUUUAGUUGAGGUGAAGAAAAUGACCUACCUACAAGCAGGUGUAGAGGUCUUUAUGAGCACUUUGCCAGGAGAAUCCCUCAGUGUAAUCCCAGUUGGUAUAACUAUGAUGCUUCAUCUGACAUACCAUGACAACCGUGGGCGUAUUUUUCAUGCCACAAAUGCCCACCCUACCUUUAGACCAUCGAGAUUUGAUCUCAUAGAUGUGAAACGUGGGGGAACAAAUAAUACCCUACAGGUGACUGUAAGAGGAACAGGCCAAACGGUUCUUCAUAUCUGGAAUGAGAAUGAUGCUCUUGUUAGUGGUUUCCUUCGCAUUAACACUGGGCUUGGCAUAUUGCCUCAUAAGACUGUGAUACCUCUUGGUGGACACAUUUGCUUGUCCUCAAGCAUAAGGAGUCCAGAUGGAGAAGCAGACUCACCUAGGGAAUGGUCAUCAGCUGGGGAUAUUCUGCAGCUGGGCACUGACAGUGGCGUUGCUUUUGGACAGCAGAUUGGACGCUCUGUCGUGUCUUACAAAGUCAGCUCUUCUCUCACAGCUGCUACAGAAAUCAGUGUCACUCCAAUUACCAAGAUUUCCUUGAGCAUUCCAACCCAGGCCAUAACAACAGGGGAAGAGAGUGAGCCAUAUCUUGCAAUGGUGACCCUAGGAGGAGAAGGAAGUAUGUCAGAGGAGUCUCAGUGUAAGCCUGCUGAGGGACUCCUUGUCAGUCCACCUUUCACUUGCAUUGUAGCCUUCUCUCCACCCAUUCCUCAGGUUGAUGCAAAAGAAGUUCUGAAAGCUAGUGCAGUCUAUAUGGCUAAGAAAGGAUAUGCUUGUGAAAUUAGCUCUGUGAGCAGCCCUUCUCCCCUUCUGGCUAAAGGUCAGGCUUCAGUUAUACUGGAAGCUGUAGUGGUCAGUCGAGGGCAGCAAGGUGAAGUGAGGUCAGGCCAGGUAACAAUACCAUUCUACCCAGCACCAUUUGCAGAAAUCUCAGAAAUUACACUUACCAAUGAAGUACCAUCUACAUCUGUUGAGAUUCAGGGAACAUUUGAGGUUCUCAGUAAUCUAGAAAUCACAACUGAUGUCAGCCAAUUGGAUUUGUCUUUAGGUACAGCAGAGAGUAACAAACGACCUCUGAUGCUUAGCCUAAGAGAUUCAGUGUGGUCUGAGGUACCUGAAGAACCUCUCACAGUUGCAAUUUCCUCACCAUACACCAGAAGUAAAAUUGAGGUUUCCGUGAAGGUAGAACAGGUUGGGGAUGGUUACUGUGCAUCACCAAGAGACCUAGGCAUCAUCAACCUGUUGGUGACAUUCUUAACAACAUACGACAGGCUCCUCAUCAGCAUUGCCUGUCUGGUUCUCACAGUUGCCUGCGUAGUCAUAAGUUAUCAUGCCUUGUUUGGUCCUGGGUAUAAACAGACUCAGCAAACAGGUGUGUUUGCAAAUUCACCUAUGCCAGGACCUGCUAUGACAGCAUUUUCUCCAAAUCGCUCUUCGCCUUCGGGGAGUGGAAGCAGUGGAGCGAGUGGAGGCAUGGACUCUUUAGCAAAGCGGUUGGACUACUCCCCUUCACCACAGAGGAUUACGUUGUGGAGUGUGAAUAACGAACCAAUAUAUGGAGCUCCUCCUUUCAGACGAGGGGCUUAUGAGGAUUCUCCAACUUACAGAUCUUCACCAAAGUGAUCCUGUGAUGAUUAGAUCAAUUUGUUCUUAGUGACUAAACAAUUUUUUUCUGUCUUUUAGAUUGAUGAAUUUGUUUUUCUCUGUUGAGUUUGAGUGUUUUAUGAGCUGUACUUAAACAAAAUAGAUAGCAGGAUAGAUAUAUUCCUUUCUAGUUAGCAUUCAAGAUGGACCUUUGAAAGUGAGUGUAUUAAUGCUAAACAGUAACAAUAGAGUAUAGAGAAGUAAUUUCCUUAAAUAAACAGUUUACUGUAUAAAGCUUAAGGUUUAUUGUGUAUGUGUAUUUGCUAUUUUUUUAAUGUGUACAGUUGCUGCAGUGAUUGCAAAUUCAGAAGUCAAAAAGAUGUAAAACAGAUGAUGCAUUUGCAGUUUUAUAUUAUGAUAUGAGAUUUUGUCUGCAUAUUGUCAUGGUAAUGUUAUCUGUUUUAUUGAAUAGAUUAUCCAUUGUCAUUUAACUUGAUGUCAAAACGUACUUCCAGUCUCUGUAAGGUGAAGAAAUUUGUGUUCAUUUAGAACAAGAUAUAAGAAAAAGGGCUUUGCAAAGAAGACCAGGUAUGGUAAAUGGUUUAGUACAUACAGCCAUGUCCACUGUGAUUUAAGUUUCAUAAUUGUGUUUAUACAUGGAUGGCUCCACAAGUACUUAGUCACCAAAGAGUUGAUUUCCAGUCAUGCUUAUCUCACCUGUUUUCCCUUUUAUUUGAAUUUUGGAAAGAUGAUUUUUAUUUUCUGUUGUUGUUAGUAUUUAAUAAUCGUAACAUUGAUGAUGAUAAACACAGUAUCAUUAUUGGAAUAAACAUUUUAUCCAAAAAUUCAAAGAAUGGGGAAAUCAGGUGAAGUCAUGUCAGGCCUACUAAUUGACUCCUUAGUUGCUGAGCAGUUGUAGAGCCAUGUGUGUUCAACAAAAUACAGUGAACAGUACUUGUACCCCCAUACAAAGGGUUAGAUUAAUGAUACAGAAAGGCUAAGAUUUACAACUGUGAUACUUGAUAAACCUUGUGUUCCAUGCACAGUAGUAAAUUAAAAUUGUAUGUAUGCACUUUGAGGUGCAGUUACAUUAAUAAAUAGUAAAACUGGCUUUGCAAGUUUAGUACCAGUGUUGCAGCAGCUUGUUGAUAUGUGUUCACUGUGAAAAUCCAUAAUAUUACAGUGUAGUCAUUCUUUGUUUCCUGUUUGUUUUUCCCAUUUUUACCCUACUUAUCUGCUCUACCUCUCCCCCCAAUAGCCAUUCCUCUCUUUACUCUUUUCACUCUUUGUAAUGGAAAUAUGACUUAUUUGCAGCUCAAUUGCUCAGAGUUCUUGAUCAUCACCAUCUUAUGGAAGUGGCUGGUGGUUGAGGGAUAUUUAGCAUUUUUUGUACUGUAAUGUCCUAGAAUACAUAUUCAUAUUCAUGAUCUCACAAGAUGAAGUGUUUAGCUGUAAUAGAGUAUCCUAUGAGACAGUAUUUUUCAGUCUAAGGUAUGCAAAAAAAAAGUAUGUUACUAUUAAGUAAAGAUUUCUAAUCAGAAAAGCAUCCAUCAAAGUUAAUUGCUAGGUAAACAAAGUAAAACAAAAAUAACAAAGAAUGGCAAUGUCAUGUUCUUGGCUGAUUUUUCUCCUUUGUGUUUUAAUAAUACCAGUACAAUAGGUAGUGAGAGAUAGACAAUUAGAUAAGUGAUUAGAAUGUUGUGUAUGUAGUGAAAUUUUACAGUUAAUUCCAGUCAGUAAAACUAAGCACUGCCAAAUGUGAUAGAUCUUAAUUUAGUAUAUACCAUGUGUGGUGAUUAGUUGAUCAGUAGGAAUAUUUUGAAAACAUGUUAUAUGUAAACUUUUUUAUAUGAUAUAAACAAAUUAUGUCAAGGUUUUCUUUGUAGUGUCUUGUUUUUUCUGCUUUUAUUAAAGAAAGAUAAAGACAUGACAGGAUUAUACUCUAAUUAUAUAGCAUUUUGUGCCUUAUGCAUUAAAACUUUUUCUUAAAAGUUACAAAGAGCAAUGCAUCUCCAGACUGUAAAUACUCUUCCACUUGUAUUUAUUUUAUAUGUAUUGAUGUUCCAAUAUGUCUUUUUGUGUUUAAUUUAAGAAUGUUUCAUAUUCUCAAGGUGUAAAAAUGCGAAGCAGAGUUUUUGAGGAACAAAAUGGUUGUAAAAAAAAAUUAUACUAAUGUCUCUUCCAUGUUACAAUUCAUAUUUAUCCAUUGA